CAAUCAAUCAUUUUAGGUCAACGAGAGAACAGGAAUUCAUGGAAUCUCCUUUCAGAGAUGGCAUACUGAAUCUCCUUCCAGGAACAUCCCAAGAAAAAAAUAAAAUAAUCAAUAUAUUCUAUGUAUCUAUUCAAAUUCUUGAUCCCCACUUCUUGAAAUCGAGCUAUUAUUGACUCUUGAUCCAUUCUUUCGUGCUGAGGAAGAAAUAAAAAAAAAAAAAAAAAAAAUCUCCACCCAUAAAUUAAAAAGAGAAUCCGGCAGAGAAGCCAUGGAGAAAAUGGAAGAAACAGCAGCCUGCAAAUCAGAAUCCCCAGAAAUCUCUCUUCGGCCAAUGGAGCUCUCGGACCUGGACGAUUUCAUGGAGUGGGCAACAGAUGAGAGGGUGAGCCGUUUCUGUACGUGGGACACCUACACUUGUAGAGACCAAGCAGUGGACUUCAUAAAGAACACUGCAAUCCCACACCCAUGGCUGAGAGUGAUUUGCCUUGAAAACAAGGCAAUUGGGGCAAUCUCUGUGACCCCAAGUUCUGGGAUGGACAGUUGCAGAGGUGAGCUUGGGUAUGUGUUGAGUCACAAGUAUUGGGGCAAAGGGAUUGCAACAAGGGCAGUGAAGAUGGUGGGCUCUGCAAUCUUCUCAGAGUGGGCUCACAUGGAGAGGCUUGAGGCUUUGGUAGAUGUGGAUAACAAAGGCUCCCAGAGGGUAUUGGAGAAAUCUGGGUUUUUGAGAGAAGGGGUUUUGAGAAAGUACCAAAUCAUUAAAGGGAGAUCUAGAGAUUUUGUGAUUUACAGCCUCCUCUCAUCCUCAGAUUCCCCUUCUCUAGUUUUGGAGCCCAUGGAGAUUGAUGGAUAUGGCAGGCAGAAUUGAGAAACAGGGCAUCAAUGUGAUAAUGUUCUUGAUGAAAUCAAAGUGUACAUUUAGUUACCAUUGUAUAAAUUGUUUGUAUAUUUUUGACAUAUACACAAUGUUUGUUAAUGAUGAUCUUUGAAUUUAAAAAUGUCAAGAAUCAUUGUUUGUUA